ACACCGCUGGCUACUUGACUGCCGCUGCCAGUUCCUCCAGCUUGCUUAGAGUCCAAUGGACCUGCAGACUUGGCACAGAGCACACCCACCUGCCUUUGUCACAGCACACUAAGAAGGUUUUCUGUGGUGACCUGGCUGGGUAGAGGGCUGCUGGGUCUGCAGGCGUCAGAGCAUGGAGGGGUUCCUCCAACUGCUGGCCUGCUUGGCCUGUGUGCUCCAGAUGGGAUCACCUGUAAAAACUCGAAGAGACGCUUUGGGAAAUGCUCUCAACACAGAGGAGCUCAGUGCCCCAUCGCAGCGCUGGUCCAUGCAGGUGCCCGCGGAGGUGAGCGCGGAGGUUGGCGACAUGGCGGUGCUGCCCUGCACCUUCACGCACCCUCACCGCCACUACGACGGGCCGCUGACCGCCAUCUGGCGCGCGGGCGAGCCGUACGCGGGCCCUCAAGUGUUCCGCUGCACCGCGGCGCCGGGCAGCGAGCUGUGCCAGACGGCGCUGAGCCUGCACGGCCGCUUCCGCCUGCUGGGCAACCCGCGCCGCAACGACUUGUCCCUGCGCGUCGAGCGCCUCGCCCUGGCGGACAGCAGACGCUACUUCUGCCGUGUGGAGUUCACCGGCGACGCCCACGAUCGCUAUGAGAGUCGCCAUGGGGUCCGGCUGCACGUGACUGCUGCGCCCCGGAUCGUCAACAUCUCAGUGCUGCCUGGCACCUCGCAUGCCUUCCGCGCGCUCUGCACGGCCGAGGGGGAGCCGCCGCCUACCCUAGCCUGGUCCGGCCCCGCCCUGGGCAACAGCUCGGCUGCCAUGCAAGGCCAAGGUCGCGGCUACCAGGUGACCGCCGAAUUGCCCGCGCUGACCCGCGAUGGCCGCUACACGUGCACGGCAGCCAAUAGCCUUGGUCGCGCCGAGGCCAGCGUCUACCUGUUCCGCUUCCACGGCGCCCCCGCAGCCUCGACCCUGGCGCUCCUGCUGGGCGCUCUGGGCCUCAAGGCGUUGCUGCUGCUUGGCCUUCUGGGUGCUCGUGCCACACGCCGCCGAGGAGAUCACCUGGCUGCCCAGGACACCCCUCCACGGUCUCAGGCUCAGGAGUCCAAUUACGAAAAUUUAAGCCAGAUGAAUCCCCCAGGCUACCAGCUGCCACGAGUUUGCUGUGAGGAACUCCUUAACCACCAUCAUCCAGUCAUUCACCAUGAAAAAUAAAGGACAGUAUCACCAGGCUAGACCUGUACAGCUCAUAAUUCCUUGGCAGCUGUGGGCCAGGCAACAUCCAAGGGGACCAGGAUACCUGCCCACGGUACUCUGCCAGCAAUCUGGACGUAUAUGCAUGCCCACACAAGUCUCAGCACGAAACUUCUGGAAAAACUCCUCUUGUUUUUUCUUACUUCGAACUACAUAGUAAAGCAGACAGGAAACUAGCCAUAAGGUCUGGAGGUCCAGGCUCCUGUCUGCUCUGUCAUGGACUUGCAGUGCGGACCAGGACACUUCCUUGACCUAUCUGGGGCUCAGCUUCUCCCUGAAGAUCUGAAGGGACCUCGUCAACUCCAACUCUAGCUAAAACGUGGGCCAUUGGACGUGCUGAAUUUGUAGGUAGGUGUGGCACUGCUCAGCUUUUUGGAGAACAAAGGACUCCCAAGAACCACCUGAGGCGGGAGCUGUGCAAACUGAUAGCAAUCCUUGGAACCAUUAUAGCAAGAAGAAGCCCGGAGCCCCUGCCUCCUGAGCUCACACAGACUGUUCCAGCCGCCUGUGAUCAUCUCAGCUGACCCACACUUCCUUGAACUGGGAUCCACCGAGAGAAGACUGAAGACCCACAGUCUCAAAGCGUCUGAAAGCUGUGUGUCAAAACCCGGGAGACCUGAAGGGCGUCUGGGUCUAAGUGGUUAAGGCAGCUGUGGCUCUGACCUCUCUCUGGAGUGCACCCCCUCCCAGGAUGUGAACCUCCAGGAGGACUGGCAAUGUCUCCCCACUUGCCCAAGCCCAGCCAGGCUAACUUCAAGAGUGGUGCUUUCCUAAUUUGCACUUCAGUGUGCAUUUGUUGGUCCUGUUAAAGGACAGAGGUGCAGUUGGGACCGAGUAAGCCACAAGACAGGAGGCUAAGGAGACCAUGUUUUUCUGGGGACAGUAUCUUUGUGUUGAGGGCAGUCAGUUUUCAGGCUUCCCACUCUGCCAAGGGUGCUGACAGUUCAUAGUUAUUUCAGGAUCCGUCAAGAACUGUUAAGGAAGCACAGGGCUUGACGUCUGGCCCUGCUUGCAGGUAGGAGCAUUAGAGUGUCUCUAUGAAGGACCUGUGUCACCAAGGAAAAAUAUAAGGAUGUGGAUUAGAGCGUCAUUGGUCUCUGGAGCUGUCUUUCAGAGCCAAGAAAAUUCUACGAGCUACUAAUUACACACUGUGUGGUGUUGGGAAUUCCUUUUCAGGGUUAUGAAACCGAAGGAGGCAUCAUUAUCGGUCAGGACGAGCUAGGCUGUCCUGCACCAACAAGCCCUAAAAUCAGUGACUAAAAAUGGUCUUUAUCUUGCACUCUAUCAGUCAGGGUUCUCUAGAGGGACAGGAUUUAUG